AUGGGACCAUACCCUCGCACCAGCCAGGGUCAUCGCUUCAUCUUAGUCGUGACCAAUAUAUUCACCCGUUGGGUGGAAGCCUUCCCCCUUCGGACAUCCGAAGCACCACGAGUAGUGCGGCUGAUGGAAGAGGAGGUCUUCAGCCGAUUUGGUUAUUCACGAAGGAUCCUCAGCGACAACGGGCCACAAUUCACGGGCCAUACCUGGGCCGAAGCAAGUCUUCGGUGGGGUAGUGAACUUUGGACGACCCCCGUAUACUAUCCGCGAGCCAACCCCACCGCGCAGAAGGUACAUGGAAGUACCCUGGUACCGGCACCUACGCCCGGAAGGGCAGAGGUACCACCAACAGACGAAGCAAACGAGCCGGAGGGUGGCAGGCCGCCACCCACACACGAAUCAUUAGCCGAAAGCGUCGGUGGAGGGACGAACGAAGGCCCUAUCGAAGCCGUCGAUAGGGCGGAGGAAGAUGAGGACAGCUCGUCUCAUCAUGCAAGCGAACGAGAGACGAUGGACGUCGACGAACAGGAGGACGAGGUCGACCCAACCGGGCGUCGACGCAGCAGCCAGGUUGCCGCCGAGGAGGCGCAACGCACGCCGACCGCAGGAGCGGAGGAGGACGAGGUCGACCCAACCGGGCGUCGACGCAGCAGCCAGGGUGCCGCCGAGGAGGCGCACCGCAUGCCGACCGCAGGAGCGGAGUGCGACGAGAGUGACACCGGAUGGCGUUACCAACUACGACCACGAGCACCCGUGGUAUACCGGGACGCUAGGCCGUACGCGCCUCGGCAGAGGCGCAAAAUAAUGUAA